AUGGGUGUGACACCUGGGUCUACCGACGGCAAUGGACGUCCCACAACACCCUCAGAUCUCAACCAAAUGAUUCGAUCAGCAAUACAAUUAAUCCCCACGAUUACACCACGAUCCCUGCUAGCAAGCAACAUAACGCCUCGCGAGAUCGUGACUCGUGCAAAAGUACCGCCGAAUGGAUGGUCAAAGAAAUCGAGCAAUACUACGUACCUCGAUGAUAUCGGCUAA